AUGACUCCCACCAAGAAGGGUGGCGAGAAGAAGAAGGGCCAUUCUGCCACCACCCAGGUGGUGACCAGGAAGUACACCAUCAGCCUUCACAAGCACGUCUAUGGAGUGGGCUUCAAGAAACGUGCCCCUUGGGCACUCAAAGAGAUCCAGAAAUUUGCCAUGAAGGAGAUGGGAACACUGGAUGUACACACUGACAUAGGGCUCAACAAGGCUGUCUGGGCCAAAGGGAUAAGGAACAUCCCAUACUGCAGCCAUGUAUGGUUGUCCAGAAAACAUAAUGAGGAUGAAGAUUCUUCAGACAAGCUCCUCUAUACAUUGGCUACCUAUGUACCUGUCACCACUUUCUAA